CGUCACACUGGUUGUUUUCAUUGCUUUUGAUGUGGUUUUCUUCUUGAAGGUACACUGAUACUUUCGUACCGGGCCAGUCACUUUUCAUCUGAUAGGUCUUGCUCUGUUUGAUUGCGGGCUGGUGGAUGUUUUUGUGAGGGCAAGGACAGACGCUACUCCUCUGUCUGGAACCAAUCAGAUGCAAGAUUGUCUCCUGCAGUCAUGUCACCGAUUUUACUUAACUGUAUGGGGAAUGACCACAAUGAGUAUAUCAAACAACAGGUCCAAGUAAAAAAUCCCUACUUGGACACCAUGGAAGAGGACAUUCUCUACCACUUCAGCUUGAGCACCAGGACUCACAACCUUCCAGAAAUGUUUGGAGACAUUAAGUUUGUCUGUGUUGGUGGCAGUGCAAAUCGCAUGAAGGCUUUUGCCCAGUUCAUCCACCAGGAGCUGAAACUACCUGGAAACCCAGAGGAAAUCAGAGAUGUCUGUGAGGGAACUGAUCGCUACUGCAUGUACAAAGUGGGACCAGUGCUGUCUAUAAGUCAUGGCAUGGGUGUCCCUUCCAUCUCCAUUAUGCUGCAUGAGCUCAUCAAACUGCUGCACCAUGCCCACUGUCGUGAUGUGGUCCUCUUUCGCCUUGGAACAUCUGGUGGAGUUGGUCUGGCUCCAGGGACGGUGGUGAUCACAGAUAAAGCAGUGGACUACUCCUUCCACCCCCAGUUUGAGCAGGUGGUUUUGGGUAAAGUUAUCAUCAGGAGUACUGAGUUGGACGAGGGAGUGGCCAGUGCGCUUCUGCAGUGCUCCUCUGAGCUUCAAAACUUUCCAUCAGUGAUUGGAAACACCAUGUGCACCCAUGACUUCUAUGAAGGUCAAGGCCGACUUGACGGGGCUCUCUGCUCCUUCUCUCAUGAAGAAAAGCUGGAGUAUCUGCGAAAAGCUUAUGAGGCCGGAGUGAGGAAUAUUGAAAUGGAGUCCACUGUAUUUGCUGCUAUGUGCCGUGUCUGUGGCCUCAAAGCGGCUGUGGUCUGUGUUACUUUGCUGAACCGCUUUGAGGGAGACCAGAUCACUUCGCCUCAUGAUGUUCUGGCAGAGUACCAGCAAAGACCUCAAGUCUUGGUGUCCCACUUUAUCAAGAAACGCUUGGGACAUAUUGUCUAAGACACCUACAUCUCCCAUCCCAACCCCAGCCUCGCUAAAAGACUGUAUAUAGCUUUGACUGAUAUGUUGAUAUGUACAUGUAUAUAUACUGUAGUUAACGUGAUAAUAUUUAUGAGACACUUAUUUAAAAAGCUAUAAAGUUAUUAUUAUUGUCUAUUAUAGAUUUGUAAUUAUAGUUAAAAUGAUUAUUGUCUAACAGACAUGGAGACUAUUCCAAAUCCUAAAGGGAUGCUUGAAGAAUCAAGAAACUCACUUCACAUUUGAAUGAUUGUAUUAAAAAAAAAAAAAAAAAAAUUAAAAAGAAAAAAUUGAGAAACUGUUCGCUAGUUGUGAGGGUGUGC